AUGCCUUACCUCGGGCCUGAAAUGACAACCCGGCUGUCCGCCAUGUUUUACACGGUCGAGGUCGGGGACACCAAGUUUACUAUCCUCAAGCGGUACCAAAAUCUCAAGCCCAUUGGCUCUGGGGCUCAAGGAAUCGUUUGUGCCGCCUACGACACGGUCACGCAGCAAAAUGUUGCUAUUAAGAAACUGUCAAGGCCCUUUCAGAACGUGACACACGCCAAAAGAGCAUACAGGGAAUUUAAACUUAUGAAACUUGUCAAUCAUAAAAAUAUUAUUGGUCUCUUGAAUGCAUUUACGCCACAAAGGUCAUUGGAUGAAUUUCAAGACGUUUACUUGGUAAUGGAACUGAUGGACGCAAAUCUGUGCCAAGUAAUUCAAAUGGAUUUGGACCAUGAGCGUAUGUCCUAUCUCCUUUAUCAGAUGCUCUGUGGCAUUAAGCAUCUCCAUUCAGCCGGUAUUAUUCACAGAGAUUUGAAGCCAAGCAAUAUAGUCGUUAAAUCAGACUGCACACUGAAGAUUCUAGACUUUGGACUCGCGCGAACUGCUGGAACGACGUUCAUGAUGACACCCUAUGUUGUCACGCGCUACUACCGAGCACCUGAGGUUAUCCUGGGUAUGGGUUACAAGGAGAAUGUCGAUAUUUGGUCUGUCGGAUGCAUCAUGGGUGAGAUGAUCCGCGGAGGAGUUCUUUUCCCUGGCACUGAUCAUAUUGAUCAGUGGAAUAAAAUUAUUGAGCAACUUGGGACGCCGGCUCAAGAAUUCAUGCAACGACUGCAGCCAACGGUGAGGAAUUACGUAGAGAACAGGCCUCGAUACCCCGGGUAUCCUUUCGAGAGGCUAUUCCCGGAUAUUCUGUUUCCCACGGACUCCUCGGAGCACAAUAGACUGAAGGCGAGUCAAGCCAGGGACCUGCUCUCGCGCAUGCUAGUCAUCGAUCCCGAACGUCGCAUCUCGGUCGAUGACGCUUUAUUGCACAAUUACAUCAACGUCUGGUACGACGAGGGUGAGGUCAACGCUCCUGCACCGGGUCCUUACGACCACAGUGUCGAUGAACGGGAGCACACAGUCGAUCAGUGGAAGGAACUGAUUUAUCAGGAGGUAAUGGAAUACGAGACAAGUCACAAUCCUGCGGCGACCGCCCAAUCAUCCGUGGAUCCAGUUGCUGGCUCACGGUAG